AUGUCUGGCCAUGAUGUCGAAAAUAUCCAAGAACUUCAGUUAUUCACAAUACCACAACUGCAAGUCCAAACACCGAAUGUUAAUACCACCAUAGACAACAGCAACCCUGAACCAACCACCACUAUUGUCCGCCGCCCUCGAGGUCGUCCAAUUGGCUCUAAGAAUAAGCCUAAGACACCUAUCAUAGUAACAUAUGAAAACCCUAAUGCAUUAUGUUCUCAUGUGCUUGAGAUUAUUGAUGGAGUUGAUGUGUCAAAAAGUCUUUUUGAUUACGCUCGUCGUCAGGGAAGGGGGGUCACCAUCCUCAAUGGAAAUGGAGAGGUGGCGCGUGCCAGGCUUCGCCAACCCACAGGAAGAGUCAUAACUCUUCAAGGAAAGUUAGAGAUUCUUUCGAUAUCUGGGACAAUUUUUCCGUCACCAACACCUGAGAUUGUUGGGGGAUUGAGAGUUCGCUUAUCAGGAACAAAUGGACAGAUGAUUGAGGGUAGUGUGAUUUCUCCAUUAGUGGCUUCAGGUCCAGUGAUUUUGACAGCUACUUCAUUUGCAAACAUUAUUUCCGAAAAGAUUUCUUCGAUAGCGAAUGAUUAA